AUGAACGCGGCGGCGGAGGGAGAACACGUUUUCGGCACCGCGAUGACCACGGAUGAAAACGCGCUGCUAGGCGCGGACGCGAGAGGCGCGGAGAAUAGCGACGAGGGCGAGGAGCAGAAGCUCCAGGUGUGCAGCGCGCGAGCGAAGAGGGCGUCGUCCCGAGAUUCUUCGGGCGCGGGGGGGAAUAAGUUGUACUGGUACUGGGCGAGGCACUCGAACGCGUGGCGGUUCAACGCCAACCACGCCGCGGCGCGCGCGUCGUGA